AAAAAGGUUAAUACCAUGUGGGACAAAGAUAGUACUGAGAAAAGUUCCGAUCAGGAACCACGCAAACAUUUAUCUCAUUCCAUUGAAGAGAUUCUGAGGAAGCCCACUUGUGUCAGAGAAGAAGCUCAUCACAAUCGGUCUUUUGUUAUGGAGAACAGCAGGGUAUCUAACCACAAUUCAUGCACAGAUGUGAGAAAAAAGCGACAAACCAGGGUGACUUUUACACCGCUCCAGGUGCAGGAGCUGGAGAAUGUCUUCCAGCAGACUCACUACCCGGAUGUUAACACCAGAGAGCAGUUGGCUUCAUGUCUGCACCUGACUUUGGGAUGUAUACAGAUCUGGUUUCAGAACCGUCGAGCUAAAUGGAGGAAAAGUGAAACCCUAAAAGAUAUUCAGCAAGCACACUUCCCUGUGAAUCCCCAAAUCUUUUAUGAGAAGCCACAGGUGGGUGCAGUGUGCUGGCUGCCUUGUUGCUCACAUGAGUCACUGCAAUCAAGAUUGUUCCUUGCAGCUAAGUUCCCACCCAUACAUAUGACGCAUUACAGAAGCCUGUAUUUUGACCUUCUGGACACAGAGAUCCAGAUCGGGACCACUACUGCACGCCAUGACACAAUUAGGUUGUGACAGUAACAUCACAAUGGACUAAUAAUACAUUGUUGUUUAUAUGUAUAUAUCCAAACUAUUGUAGUACAAUUCAAAUACAACAAAUUGUAUUCAUGAUGUGUGCAUUCUGGUUCCAAAGACUCGUAAAUCAUAAUAUAACCUGGUAAUACAAAAUAAAUGUUUUCAUUCAGCAAAA